AAUUACAUUUAUUUACUUUUAGGAAGCAAUGACAACUGGAGUUCAUCAACUGGUAGUAUCUUUAGUGGAUGAUUUAUUUGGCCCAAUAUGUGCCAAAACAGUAUCAACCAUCCUUAAAAACAGUCAAAUUGGUAUGAAAGAAAUCAUUGAACGCACUGGAUUUGACAAACGCACAGCUAACCAAUGUCUUUGUGUCUUAAUAAAACACAGAUUUGUCAGGUUUGACGAGAUUGGAGAGAAAAAACGAGCUGUUCGAUACACUGUCGACAUACUUCAGUCACUUAGUCUACCAUUUUACCCAAUGUUUGUCAACAUUGUGAAACAACAACACGGUGACAUGGCUGAAGUUGUACUGGAGGAGCUAUUACACCAAGGUUCUUCUUUUAAAGACUCCCUCCUUGAUAUUUGUCUGAUCAGGCUGCAAACAUCCGUUAAAGAUAAACAUACUGUCAAUAUGGAAACUUUGGACAGUAUUUUUGAGGUACUAAGAUCAAGAGGGUAUGUUGAGAAAACAGAAGAGCCAUCAGAAGACGGGGAACCUCCAACUAAAAAGAGUCGUUCUUCAGGAGGUGUUAUGUGGCGAGUCAACACCCAAGCUUUCUACACCUUCAUGCGAGAUACUCAGAUUGUAGAAUUUAUAAAGAACAGGUUUGAUGAAGGAGCAGGAGAGGUUGUGAGCGUUAUACUGCUUCUUAAUAACCAGAUAGAUGGUGACAUGUCGCAGUGUUCCUCGAGUGCUUCUUAUGAUCAGAUUCUUCACGCACUGAAGAACAAGAGUCCGACCAUGGUUCCAUUUGCGAAAAGUUAUCUUGAUAUUCUGACUGAUAGUGAUUUAGGUAUAGUGAAGUUAGUGGACGACUUCGGGGGCGGCUCCUUUCUGAUAAACUUCUCAAACUUUUAUCUCGAGUACGCCAAACACCACAUUUGUUCUAUUGUUCGGGAAAGAUUUGGUCCCAAAUCACAUCGGAUAUUCUCCAUAGUCAUGGCCAAGAAAAUGAUCGAACAAAAACAGGUAGCUGAGUUAGCUCUAAUCCCCUAUAAAGACGCUAAAGAGCUUCUCUACACCCUUUACACAGAGAACUUUCUAGAAAUACAAGAAUUGCACAGAACACCCGACUUUUCUCCUCUACGAACCUUCUAUCUCUUCCAUGUGCCCCUGGAGAAGCUGACAUUGAAGUUACUCAAUGUUUGUUAUAAGGCUAUUUAUAACCUUAUGUCCCUAAGAAAAGACAAUUUAAAUGAGAACAGCAGAUUGGUAGACAAGUCACUGCGCGCAGACGCGUCAACACUUGCAGCCACGCAACAAGGCAUAGCACCGGAGGAUCUUGAGGAUAUGCUGACUUCUAGCGAGAAACAGCAACUUGGAAGUUGUAUGAGAGUUGUAAAGCGACUGGAUCUAGGAGAAAUCAACAUUCUGGACAGUAUUUCUGCGUUAACACAUUUUGGGAACAACCAGAACGUUCACUGACCCAUUUAGAAUAUUUUUAUAAUAAUAUGCCUGGAUUGGGUUUUUAUUCAGUGAUUGUGAUAUCAUACAUUUUAUUUAUUUUCAGCGAUGUACUAAUUUAUUUCGAAGCUUUAUCCAUCCAUCUGUCGUACUAACUGGUCACGUGAUCUGUAACCCUAAUCUUUAUAUUCUUUUCACAAUGAGGAAGGGAAAUUUAGAAGUCCUUUAAAUUUUGUGGCUUCAUAAAACGCUUUUGUUCUGUGAACUUCUCGUUCUGUUACAGGCCUCAUCAGAUAUUAUUCUGUAUGACUUUCAUGUUGUAACACUAAAUUCUUGACAUUGAUAUUGAACAUGUUU